AUGAGAAUGGGAACCUACAUAAACCUCUUCAAGCUCUGCUCCGCCCUCAGAGUUCUGGGCUACUUCAUGAUCCUCUUGUUCGCCGCCAUUGUCGCCCUCACUUACUACGCCGUCGUUUUCAUCACCUGGGGCCCUCUCCUCUUCCGCUCCCCUCUCCACCUCCCCUCCUUCUUCUCCGCCUUCUUCGUUCUCCUCCUCUUUCACAUUCUCCUCGUACUCUUGACCUGGUCCUACUUCAUGGUCGUACUCACCGAUCCCGGUUCCGUUCCUCACAAUUGGAGACACCACCACCGGCAACAACUUCGUUCCGAUUUCGAUUUGGAGACACCGGCGCCAACGCCCUCCCCCGCCUAUUGCUCUCGAUGCCAGAAUGGCAAGCCACCGCGAUGCCACCACUGUUCUAUUUGCCAAAGGUGUAUUCUGAAGAUGGACCAUCAUUGCAUUUGGGUCGUCAACUGUGUUGGGGCGCGUAACUACAAGCACUUUCUCCUAUUUUUGCUGUAUACAUUUCUCGAGACAACACUGGAUUGCUUAGCUCUGGUUCCUAGUUUUAUCAGAUUCUUUGGUGGAAACAAGAAUCAUUCAUUGUCUCCCGGGAGCCUUGCCAUCAUCUUUUUGGCUUCUAUUCUUAAUUUAGCCUUUGCGCUCAGUCUUCUCUGUUUCGUUGUUAUGCAUAUAUCUCUUCUGUCAAGCAACACAACUUCAGUAGAGGUUCAUGAAAAGAAAAAAGGAGUUAGGUGGAUAUACGACCUGGGCUGGAAGAGGAAUUUUGAGCAGGUUUUUGGCACUAAGAAGGCCCUGUGGUUGUUUCCAUUGUUUUCAAAAGAGGAUUUAGACAACAUACCUGCACUAAGGGGCAUUGAUUUCCCUACACGUUCUGAUGUUGAUUCAACAAUGAGAAAAACGGCAUUGGGAGCAGAAGGCAUGUUCUUGGUCGAUUCUGGUUGUGGCAACACAGAGGUCAGGAAGGACUACGGAGAGACAGAUAAUGAGAGGGAUGUUUAA